GCAGGAGCGUGCGGCGCGCGGCGCGCGGCGCUCCAUACUGUACAUCAAAACUGACGACCUUACCGAAGCGCAGUUCCUCGACAAGCUGCACAACAGAGCAGGAGAGCACCGACGCAUAGAUUCAGGUGGUCGUAUUGUGUAUUGAAGUGUCUGUCAACAGUAAGCAGCGCAGCAUCCAUGAAGGCGUUUGCAUAUUCACUUUGAUGUCACCAAUAUGUCAAGGGGGCGCGGUGGAGUGUGUGGAGUGAGCGGAGUGAGCAAGGAGGUGCGCACCUGGGAGCGAUUGCCAAUCAGCUCUCAGUCUUAGGCGCUGCAGGCACACCAGGAAGGUGCUGGAUCAAUCCUCUUGUUAUUCUGUUUAUAGCCAUUGGCAACCUGUCUUCCUCCAACAUUAUUUUGUAGGAUUUGCUCCUUGUUUUUGGUCCCUGUUCCUAUGGGUUUUUGCCACCUCCUAGUGACCCUCUUUGCGCCCUCCUCAAUUCACUGUUAGCUGUGUGUUUUAGUUGUUUGCUUUUUCCUUGCACCAUAGUUUUUCAGUUAGUUUGUUCCUACCCGUUUGGUAGUGCCUUUUGUUCCCCAGUUUUUGCUCUUUUGUAUUUAAACAGUUUCAUUUGUUAUUUUUACUUUUUUUGAAGACUACUGAAUUAUAUGUAUACUCUGUUGCUGCUUUGGGGUCCAACCUUUCACAAAUUGUAACAUAGCCAACAUGAUUGUUGUUCAUUUUUAAAUCUUUACAUGGUAUUGCACUUCCCUACAUUACAGACUCGCUCCUGUCAUACACUCCAGCUCAUCCACUUUGGUCAAUAGACCAAAUGUUAUCCUGAAGGUGCAGUACAGGCUCAGAUGUGAAUGUGCCUUAUCAAUUGUUGCUCUGAAACUGUGGAACAAACUACUGCUAUACAUCAGGCAGGCCCUACAGUUGAUGUUUUUUAAUUUUAUUUUAUUUUAUUUUGGAGGCACGGUGGCCGACUGGUUAGAGCGUCUACCUCACAGUUCUGAGGACCGGGGUUCAAACCCGGCCCCGCCUGUGUGGAGUUUGCAUGUUCUCCCCGGGUUUUCUCCAGGCACUCCAGUUUCCUCCCACAUCCGAAAAACAUGCGUGAUCCUGUCGAAGACAAGCCCCAUGCAGUUCUGUGAAAGACGAUGGGACACAGUAAGGUGUUGACCAUGAGAAGAAAUAUCUGUCGAUUCACUUUUGAAUCACAACACUAGGUAGUAAAGAAGUCCAUUAUUUAGGAUUGAUGUCCCAUAUGCCGGAGGCGGCCUCAAGCUGUAUCGCCCAAUCUAAGACGCCCCAUAUAAGCCUGGAAGCCUAGAGCCUAGAGUUUCCGAUGCUGGUUAAGCCCACUUAGUAAACAGCGAUGCCUUCUAAGGUCUCCUGUUUGUACUUGCUGACAGUGGUUUGCUGGGCCAGUGCUCUAUGGUAUCUGAGUGUGUCCCGCCCAUCCACCUCUUAUGUGGGUCAGCUGAGUAUCCCGAUUCGCAAGGCACCCAAGCUCAACAAAAACACCACCUUUGGCAACUACCGCUCUCGGUCUUUGAAUCCGCAUGACUUUGGGUACCUCAUCAAUGACGCCAAGAAAUGUGAGGCGGAGACCCCUUUUCUUGUCAUUCUAAUAAGCACCACUCACAAGGAAUUUGAUGCACGGCAGGCCAUAAGAGAGACGUGGGGUGAUGAAAGUACAUUUCCUGAUGUGCGCGUGGUCACGCUCUUCUUGUUGGGUCGCAGCACGGAUGCUGUCCUAAACCACAUGGUGGAGCAGGAGAGCCAAAUCUUUCAUGACAUUGUAGUUGAGGAUUUUAUUGACUCUUACCACAACCUGACGCUGAAGACGCUGAUGGGGAUGCGCUGGGUGGCCACCUAUUGCUCUAAAGCCCAAUAUGUUCUCAAGACAGACAGUGAUAUAUUUGUCAAUAUGGAGAACCUCAUCUACAACCUCCUGAAGCCCACCACCAAGCCCAGGAGGAGAUAUUUCACCGGUUAUGUCAUCAAUGGUGGGCCAAUCAGAGACAUGCGAAGCAAGUGGUACAUGCCGAGAGACUUGUACCCAGACAGCAAGUACCCACCAUUUUGCUCUGGCACUGGCUAUGUGUUCUCGGCAGAUGUAGCCGAGCUUAUCUACCAAACCUCACUGCACACCAGGCUUCUACAUCUUGAGGAUGUGUAUGUGGGUGUGUGUUUGCGUAAGCUGGGGAUCCACCCAUUCCAAAACAGUGGGUUCAACCACUGGAAAAUGGCGUACAGCCUCUGCCGCUACCGCCGAGUUGUCACUGUCCACCAGAUCUCCCCCGAGGAGAUGCACCGCAUAUGGAACGACAUGACCAGCAAGAAACACCUUAAAUGUUAGCAGGACUCCUCCAGCCUCACUCUGUGAGUCAGGGAGCUAUUGAUUGACCUUCUAUCACCUGCGUUUCCAACAUUGGCAAACACUGUACAGCACAAAGCAUUGCGCUGAAAGGAGAGAAUUGACCGACUAGUCACUGCUUUGGCCAAAUGCGGAUUGCUUUGCCAGGAGUUUAUUUAGUACAAACUCAAGCAUGCCCGUUUUUGUCCACCAUCUUUUGAAGUGUUUUCAAGUGCAUCCAGCCUUCCGCACUCGCUUGUACGGCAGAAGGUAAUGAGCAUCAUGCCUUCUUUUUAAUCACCAAAAUUAUUAACUGUUAUCAAUGACCAGGAUUGGCUCAAUACCAAUACAGGUCUUUGAAAUCAUUGCAUUUGCCAUUUAGGUUGAUCUCAAGUUGUACUGAAUGUUCCUUUAUCUUCUGUUGUAUUUAAGCCAAGUUUCCACCAAGUUCCAUCAGUUCGUGGCAGGUUAUGUUUCUCUGUCAACCAAUUAAUGAAAGGCAGAAGAACCUCUUGUGUAACCAUAUCACUGAAGUUGGUGUCUUGACAAAUAGGUGCCAAAAAGUAAUACUAUACAGAUUAGUUAUUUUUGUACUUAUCACAACUUUUAUGACAGACUUGAACCAAAAAAACACUGCUUGGUGGAAACAGGGCAGCAGCAGGCCUUGUUGUGGGUACCACAAUGACUUAACGGUGAAAUUACUAAAUGACUCGUCUAGGGAAAAAUGAUGAAUAAACAACCCAUUUGCCUAUGUACGGUAUGCUGUAAAAUAUUUAAGCAUAUUUUCUUACAAUGGAUCCCACUAUGUUUUUAUUGUGCAUCAAGGACAAGAGAAUCUGCUGCUUGCAUUAGUAGUGAAUAUUAUUUAUUUUAAUGUGUACUGUGCAGCUAUUUGUCUCAGGCAGUGCAGAGGACUGUUUAUGUUCGAUUACUUGAAUGUGAAUGAAAGUAAAUGGAAGUGUGUACUGAGAAAACCUUACCUACUGUUUGGGGUGUUUAGAUUAAAUAAAGCAUUUUUAUAA